AUGGAGAAGACAAGAUGGUUUUUGAUCAUGGCGGCACUCCUUACAGACCUUCGUAUCUCGGAAAAUUUUGAAGUCAUCUCUCCUCAGAGCAUAACAGGGCUUGUUGGCAAAGAUACAGUCCUUCUCUGCCAGAUCUCUUCCACAAAGCCACUGGACAGUAUAGAAGUGCAGUGGAAGAAAAUCACAGCUGGGCAAAUGGAGACCGUGCACCUAUACAAGCAACAGAGUGGUGACAUUCCAGGGCCAAAAUAUGCUGGGCGAACUGCAUUGCCAAAGGAUGGAUUUGCCUCCGGGAAUGUGUCUCUAGUACUAAAGAGAGUCCAACCAGCAGAUGAGGGAACAUACAGCUGCAUCGUGAAGUCCAGAGACUGGAGUGCUGACAACACCACUACACUCAUCACUGCAGGCGCUGCUUUUCCACAAACAUCUCCCUGGUUGUUUGCCUUCUGGAUAUUGCUUGUCAUAUUUCUCCUCUCAAUUGCUGCCACUGCUUUCAUGGUCUUUAAAGAAAAACGGAAGACUUCUGAUGAAGAAACUGCAGAAGAAGAGAAUUUAAACAAACAACAUGCCCUAAGAAGAGAACUAGAUUUCAGAAAGGCUCGAAGCUACAUGGUGGUCAUCACCUUGGAUAAAAUGCAGAAACACUCCGAACUCACUAUUUCUUCUGAUCAGAGAACAGUCUAUCACGAGUCCCCAGCCCGGGAGCCUGCUGUUGAGCACCAGCUCCCUAUCGUGGUGGCAAAAGAGGGUUUUUCAUGUGGGCGGCAGUACUGGGAGGUGCAGGUGUGGGAUGGGUUGGACUGGGAGGUUGGGUUGAUGACAGAGUCUGUGAGGCAGGGCCUGAAAGAAGGAAGCUGGCAGGACCUCCCUGAGCAUGGUGUCUGGUCACUGAAGAGGAACAACGAGGAAUUUUGGCCUGAGGAGGCCAACACUGUGAUACAGGAGAGAACUGAAAAACCAUCAUUGGUUGGGGUGGACCUGGACCUUUCAGAGCACGAACUAUCCUUUUAUGAUGCUGCAGUUUCAGCCUCUAUCCUGAAAGUUCCCAUUGAAGGAUCAACACAGUUUUACCCAUUCUUGAGGCCAGGCCUUGCUGAGGCAGGAGGGAAAGGGAAACCCCUCAGCAUCAACAGCGACACAUCCUGGGAUUUCCCACAGACGUUUAAGACCAAUAAAAGAUAUUUAGCUGAUGCCUUUUGGUCAUUGAGUAUUGCAGUGAUGAUGGAAAAUAUGUUAUCUGCAAGAGAAAAAGUCAUGGAGUAUAGGAUUAAGGCAAAGGACACCGUCACCCUCACUUGUGUGGUGCCUCCAGAUACACCUGUGACACGAGCUUUCUUCUGCCGAGAUGGGAAAGAAAUUGUGGUCCUCGCCAAGGAUAAAUCCAAGUUCUUCUUUGAGUACACCUGGCAAGCAACCCUUCAAAGCACAGGAACAUACUUCUGCCACUAUCAGCACAAGGAUGAGCAAAACCAGGAGAGGAAUUCCCUUCCUAGCAAUCCCCGGUUCCUGGAAGUUACAGCACAAGGUACCUGCAAGCACAGCUUAGCAGAGAUUGGG